AUGGAUGCGCAACUUGUUUCGAAAUCAAAUUUAGAAGAGUUACGUGCUCGUAUGAAGGAAUUAUAUCAAGAUGCUGAGAGACUUAUGACAGACUACAAAAAUCGAGAUUUGUUGAAAUUGAAAAGUGCUGACAUUGACAAACGGUUCACCGAGUAUUCAAAUGCUCAUGAAAUUCAUGUGAGUACUUUACGUUCUGAAGAAGAUCGGAGAAAUGUCAGCGAAUUUUUCCAGUGUGAACUGCGCGAGUUUCAAGAAUUUAAUGUGCACUUACGUGAUUGGUUCAAAAAGAGUGACGCUGAUGGUCAUAAAUCAUCGACACAUAGCCCUAAAGCACGUUCUUUAAUUUCUGGGAAAAGUUCCCGUCGUUCGUGUGCCAGUUCAAGUUCGAGUACUAAACGUACAGAAGCCAUUGCCAUCAGAGAACUUGCUCAUGCUAGUAUUUGGCAGCAAGUAGAAAAGGAUGCCGCAAAAAAGCGAGAAGAUGAUGCGAAAAUGGCAGCGGAGAAAAUGAAAUUAGAUGCCCAACUUGAAGCCGAAAGGCUAGAGCAAGAAGCACAAAAGCUUAAACAAGAGGCUGCACAGCAAGAGCGAGAAGCUCGAAUGAAGGCUGAAAAGCUGAAACGCGAUGCUGAAAUAAGAGCUAGACAAAUUGAAGAAGAUGCUCAAAGUGGAACAAAGCGUUUGGAAUUGCAGCAUGCGUAUGAAUCAGCCUGUAUAGCAGCCGAUGUAUGGGAAAAUGCUUCGCAGGGAGACGAAGAACCACACAUCCCACCACAAAGAAACACGCAUGAUCAAUCGGCACCAAAUGUGGAAAGUUUAUUGGGCAAUAUGGCAUCUAUGUUGCAAGACGGAAUUGAUAGACCUCGACCUGAAUUAUUGCAUUUUAGUGGAAUAGAGACUGAAUAUGUCCGGUUUAUCACUAACUUCAACUUAAAUAUUGAUAGAAGAGUACAUGAUACAAGUACAAAGUUGUCAUAUUUGGUACAAUACUGCGAAGGUGAUGCGAGGGAACUGAUUAUGCACUGUACAAUGUUGCCACCCGACGAAGGUUAUAAAGAGGCAUGCGAUUUGCUCCGAAAGACAUACGGUCGACCAAUGCUUGUGGCUAGAAAAUAUUCGGAAAAGUUGACUAAAGGACCAUGGUUGAAACCUGGAGAUAACGAAGGUUUGUUACGUCUUUCUCAAACGUUAGAAGAAUGUUUAGUCACUUUGACACAUUUGAAAUAUUUUGGGGAUUUGGAUAAUUUUGAUACUAUUUUGUCCAUCGUAUUACGACUUCCUCUCAAGUUGCAGAACAACUGGAAGAAUCAGUGGCAGAAUUAG